GUUUUUAAAUUUAACAUUACAUCAGGAAGAUAAUCCUCUGCCUCUGCAGUUUUCAUCUUUAUCUAAGACUCAUUGACACCCCGGGGCUGACAUCAGAUUGGUGGCAGCCACGCCAAUAUCUACCCUUUGUUCCCUCUCUCUUUCCUGGCGUAACGGUCACCGCUUGUGUUUGAGUUUCACGGCGUGAGCUGUCAGAGGUGAUCUCCUCUCUCGCUCUCGUUCACCUCCCCUUUUUGGUUUCCUGCACUUUUCAUUGACUUCCUCUUGAGAGGAGAGAAAGGAGGAGAACAGCAGAAAAAGAUCUACAAAGCAGCCAAGUAAGAGAAAAAAAAAAAAAAGCAGCUACAGCCAUGUGUUGUACAGGAAAAUGCGCCCGCCUGGUGGGCCUCAUCCUGCUGCCUUCAGCCUUCGUUUGCAUGAUCUCCAACCUGCUGCUCUUCUUCCCCGAUGGGAAGAAACUGGAAUCCGAAAACAUCUCCACCGAGGUCUGGCUCAUGGGGGGGCUCAUCGGAGGAGGUCUGAUAAUGCUGUGUCCGAGCUGCUCAGCUAUCAGGGCCGGGGGCAAGGGUUGCUGUGGAAAAGGUUGCUGUGGCAACCGCUGUCGGAUGCUCAACUCGGUCUUUUCCUCUAUUUUCGGCCUUCUUGGAGGGAUAUACUGCACAAGUGUCGCCUCUGCUGGUUUGGCUGUUGGACCCAAGUGUCAGGUGGAAAGCGGUGAUUGGGAGUACCCCUUUAAAGAUUUGGGCACGGGUAAUACAAGCUACCUUGUAAACAAGGAUGUGUGGACUGAGUGUGUGCACCCUGAAAAUAUAGUGCUGUGGCAUGUCGUUCUGUUCUCCAUCCUGCUGAGCAUGGGCGUGCUGCAGGUGGUGCUCUGCGGCAUCCAGGCGGUCAACGGCUGUUUGGGAUGCCUCUGCGGGGAUUGUCGGGACAGCAAAGACGAUGACAGCGGGCUGUAAGGGUGAAGAAGAUAAUCCUGCCGUGACCAGCCUUGAAAAAGGGCCCGGGCACUUUUCUCUAUUUGUUCAGAUUCACAUCUCUCUGUGAAGAAGCUCUCUGACUUGCUUUUGUUUCUUUCUUUUUAGUAUGUGUCAAAGCCUUACUCCAUUAUUUUGUGAACUGCAUUUUUUGUGUGUGUAUUUCCUGACUUUAUUUAGUUGAAAUAAUUUCUUCAAUAAUGAGUAAUUCCCUCACUGAAGAAUCCACAUGAGUCAGACAUAAAUAAAAUGUAAAUAACUACUUUGUUUGGGCUUGCACUGUAUAGCAGGUGAAUGUGACAAAAAUUUGAUAAAAGCUAUGGAUGAAUUAAAAAAAUAAAAUAAAGGA